GAAAUACCUUCAAAUCGUUGCCAUGGCUGUAUCCCAAUUGUACCUUUGACCCUGGGAAGCCGACAAACAAGGAUAUGGAGAGAGAGAGAGAGAGAGGCUGCUGGGUAAAGCACGCCACCCGGCACCAGUCAGACAGACACAGACGGAGCUAGUGCUGCAAAUAUGUCGGAUAAUAUCCCUCUGCAGCCUGUCCGCCACAAGAAAAUCCACGAUUCCAAACAGAGGAGCGGAUGCUGCGGCUGGUGCUGUAGAGGAAGGGAUUUCAAACCUCGCACGGUGUGGCUUGGACACCCAGAGAAACGAGAUCAUAAAUACCCACGAAAUGUUAUCAAUAAUCAAAAAUACAACUUCUUCACCUUUCUCCCUGGGGUACUUUUUAACCAGUUUAAGUAUUUCUUUAAUCUUUACUUCCUGCUGUUGGCGUGUUCCCAGUUUGUACCAGAUUUGCGACUUGGCGCCCUGUAUACAUAUUGGGCUCCUUUGGGUUUUGUGUUGGCCGUGACAGUCAUCCGAGAGGCAGUGGAGGAGAUCCGAUGUUAUGUCCGUGACAAAGAAGUGAACUCCCAGAUCUACAGCAAGCUCACAGCAAGAGGGACUAUGGUUGUCAAGAGUUCAAACAUACAAGUGGGAGAUUUGAUUAUUGUUGAUAAGAAUCAGAGGGUACCUGCUGACAUGAUUUUCCUCCGAACAUCAGACAAAAGUGGCUCUUGUUUUAUUCGUACAGACCAGCUAGAUGGUGAGACUGAUUGGAAGAUGCGUUUGCCUGUUGGCUGUACUCAGAGAUUACCCAUUGCAGCUGAUCUGUUACAAAUACGAUCUUAUGUUUAUGCGGAAGAACCAAAUCUUGACAUUCAUAGUUUUGUUGGGACUUUUACUCGGGAAGAUGGCGACCCACCAGUUAAUGAGAGUUUGAGCAUAGAGAAUACGUUAUGGGCCAGUACUGUUAUUGCUUCUGGUACUGCAGUGGGUGUUGUUAUCUACACAGGCAAAGAAAUGCGAAGUGUUAUGAAUACCUCUCACCCAAAAAGCAAGAUGGGGCUGUUUGACCUGGAGGUGAACUGUUUGAUGAAGAUUUUGUUUUUUGCAUUGGUGGUGUUGUCGCUUGUCAUGGUUUCUCUACAACACUUCAGGGGACGCUGGUAUCUCCACUUGUUUCGCUUCUUCCUUCUGUUUUCCCAAAUCGUUCCAAUCAGUAUACGUGUCAACCUGGACAUGGGAAAGAUGGUCUACAGCUUGAUGAUUAGGAAAGACUCUAAAAUUCCUGGUACAUUGGUCCGGGCCAGUACCAUUCCUGAGCAGCUUGGGAGAAUAUCUUAUGUACUCACAGACAAGACAGGGACUCUUACAAAAAAUGAGAUGCAGUUCAGGCGUCUUCACCUGGGUACAGUAUCUUAUGGGUUGGAUUCUAUGGAUGAAGUAGAGAGCCACGUUUUUAGUGCGUAUACGCAGCCAGCAGUUUCACAAGAUAAGCCCCCUUCAACAGCUCCUAAGAUACGUAAAACUGUUAGCGUCCGUGUCCAUGAAGCAGUGAAAGCAAUCGCACUGUGCCAUAACGUUACUCCCGUCUACGAGUCUCACGGGCCCGACUCAACUGACCGAGCUGAAGCGGAGCAAAAUUAUGAGGAUGCAUGUCGGAUUUACCAAGCAGCCAGUCCAGAUGAGGUGUCUUUGGUGCAGUGGACAGAGUGCGUAGGACUAACUCUUGUUGGCCGGGACCAAUCCUCAAUGCAGCUGAGGACACCUGGAGGACAUAUUUUGAACUUCAGUAUCUUGCAAGUGUUUCCAUUUACCUAUGAGAGCAAGCGCAUGGGAAUCAUUGUCAGAGAUGAAUCUACAGGAGAGAUUACCUUCUACAUGAAAGGGGCUGAUGUGGUCAUGAUGGGAAUUGUUCAGUAUAAUGACUGGCUUGAAGAAGAGUGUGGGAACAUGGCUAGAGAAGGACUUCGAGUUCUGGUUGUUGCUAAAAAGUCUUUGACAGAAGAGCAGUACCAGGAUUUUGAGACUCGUUACAAUCAAGCAAAACUAAGUGUUCAUGAUCGAUCAUUGAAAGUGGCAACUGUGAUUGAGAGUUUGGAGAUGGAAAUGGAGCUUCUUUGCCUGACUGGUGUGGAGGACCAGCUGCAAGUUGAUGUCAGGCCUACCUUAGAGAUGCUGAGAAAUGCGGGGAUAAAGGUAUGGAUGCUCACUGGGGACAAACUUGAAACAGCAACUUGCACAGCAAAAAAUGCACAUCUAGUAACCAGGAACCAAGAUAUUCACAUCUUCCGAACUAUAACCAAUCGAGGAGAGGCUCACUUAGAGCUUAACGCUUUCAGAAGGAAACACGAUUGUGCAUUGGUCAUUUCUGGUGACUCACUAGAGGUGUGCCUGAAGUUCUAUGAGUAUGAGUUCAUGGAGCUGGCCUGUCAGUGCCCUGCAGUAGUAUGCUGUCGAUGUGCUCCUACACAAAAAGCACAAAUUAUACGCCUGUUGCAGCAGAGGACUCGGAAAUUAACAUGUGCAGUAGGUGAUGGAGGAAAUGAUGUCAGUAUGAUCCAGGCUGCUGACUGUGGAGUAGGGAUUGAAGGCAAGGAAGGAAAGCAAGCAUCUUUGGCAUCAGAUUUCUCUAUUACUCAGUUCAAACACCUUGGUCGAUUGCUGAUGGUUCAUGGACGCAACAGCUAUAAGAGAUCAGCAGCUCUCAGCCAGUUUGUGAUCCACAGGAGCCUGUGUAUUAGUACCAUGCAGGCUGUUUUCUCUUCAGUAUUUUAUUUUGCUUCCAUUCCUCUGUAUCAAGGUUUCCUUGUUAUAGGGUAUUCAACAAUUUACACCAUGUUCCCAGUGUUCUCCCUUGUUCUGGACAAGGAUGUGAAGUCGGAAGUUGCGAUGCUUUAUCCAGAACUAUACAAAGAUCUUACUAAGGGUCGACCACUCUCCUUUAAAACCUUCUUGAUUUGGGUUUUAAUUAGUAUAUACCAAGGUGGUAUAAUAAUGUAUGGGGCUCUUCUGUUGUUUGACUCGGAGUUUGUGCAUGCAGUAGCCAUUUCCUUUACUUCACUUAUUCUCACUGAGUUACUGAUGGUGGCGCUCACUAUCCAAACCUGGCACUGGCUCAUGAUUGUGGCAGAACUUCUCAGUCUUAGCUGCUACAUUGCUUCUCUUGUUUUCUUGCAUGAGUUCAUUGAUGUUUACUUCAUCAUCACCUUAUCCUUUCUGUGGAAAGUCACAGUAAUCACUCUCAUCAGUUGUCUUCCCCUGUAUGUUCUGAAGUAUCUGAGAAGAAGAUUCUCUCCUCCGAGCUACUCUAAGCUUACCUCGUAGAUGCUGAGAUGUGGAUAAUAAUCCAUCCCUUUAAGGAUUCACGUCCAACAACUUGGGAAGUUUAUUUGACAAUUUCAAAUACUACUGAUGCUCUAAAGUUAUAACUGUGACACUCAUGACCAACUGAUGAAUAACAAUUGUCCAGCAGACACUACCAGAGAUGCAGCAUAAUGCUUCGGAGUCAUUAGUUUUAACUGCAAUUAAAGUCAAAAAGGGAAUCAUGGUACUGUACAAAAGUAAGUCAGCCAGAAAAAGAAAAUUGCUGAAAGAAAAAGGAACACAACCCACUCAAUGAAACAGUGGUUAAGCCACUAAUACAAAAUAAUUUUAAAUUGCCCCUCUUUAAUCAUUGUUUUACUUUGUUUGUGACCUUUUUCCACCCUCGUUCAGGACUUAGACAAAUUGUUGAUAUGUUUCCAUUCUCCAAAUAAGUUGUACCUAUCGACUAGUUGAAUUAACAUAUUUUCUUCAAUGUUUCAACCAUGUCUACAUGUUUUCACCUUAGUUACAGGUUACAAAGGUACAGCAUUUCUUUAAUUCAGACUGAAGAUAUUAUCCCUUCUUCAAAAUGUGACUAAAACACUGUUUCACUGUCAGUGCCAUGGGGGCCUCUUGCUAUGUGGGCUGUGAUAAUGAACACACAAGAACAAAUUCUUCAUCUAUGUUAGAACACUUUAAUUCAUGAAUUGAUAUGUUCAUAGAGUCAGUGUACUUUCUAUUUUGUUAUAAAUACAUCUAUGUUUUGAAUGUGUCAUAGAUCACACGUGCACUUUAUAACCAGUAUAAGUUUUCCUAUAGUGAGGUACCCAGAAUGGCAAUUACAUACAUUUCUAGUUCUGAACACAGAAGGUUUUGUUUUGUAGUAUCUCUCAGUUCAGAUAUCUGUUGCUUUGAUGAAUGAAUCAAAAAUGCUGACUUAAACUUUCUAUAAAAUAAUUGCAAAGCCACAUUUUCUUUUCAUCACAUCUACUCAUACUUUUAAAUAAUAGUAGCUCUAAAAGGACUAGUUUCCCCUUCCCAGCCAUGAGAGUUUGUUUUCAUGGCUCUCUUCUUGAGAUGAUAAAAGAGAACUGUAAAAAGGACAUAGGAAUUGUGUCAGGAGUGCUCUCAUAAAAACAUUUUUAAUUGUAAGUUGAGUGAUAGAAGUGGAUACUGGUCAUUUAAAGAUGAUUCCAUGCCCUCGUGAUUCUGGAGUGAAAAGUGAGUAUAUUUAAAUCAUAUUGCAUGGUACCAUCCCUUCUGCUCGGUAAAAUUGAACUUGUGCAAGGUAAAAUAUACGUCACUUUUUAUUAUACAGCAGAAACCUAUACACAUCAAUAACACUAAUCAUUACCUGUAAACAUUUUUUUAAAAAUCUUUACUAAUACAAUCAACCUGCCUGUUUUCCAGCUCAAGGCAGCAACAACUUAAUGAUUUCCAUUGUCAUUACAAUGCCUGCUGUGAGUUUGCAAGGUUAAUUUUCAACUUUGAAUUCUUGGUUCUAAAGAAGGGAACUGUACUUCUUUGAGGCUGUAAAGUUUACAUAGAAGUGUUAUAACUGUGCCCAAUACGGGCUACACAUGUAUGUAUGCUUUUAAAAUGAUGUGUGUAAGUAAUAUGUCUGAUGAUGGUAUAAAAGCUGUAUUUAUUGUGUUGCUGAUACUUUUUUUGAAGCUUUUGUGAAUUUGGACAACGAAAUAUGAAUGCUGUAAGAAGAUUGAUUUGUGUUCACGAUAUAUUCCUGCAUCCCGGAUGAGCUUAUUACCUUUGCAUGAAAGAAGGCAUAGUGAAUGAAGUGCUUUCUUUCUGCUCCUUGUAACUGGAACAAAACAAAACAUGACCUGUUGGACUUCCAACCCAUUUGCUGAUCAAUUUUGUCAAUCUCCUGCAGCAACUUAUUGUAACUAGGACUGAACAAAUACUAACUUAACUGACUGAUUGGAUCUUUUGAAUUUCUGUGUGAAUAUCAGAGCUCAAAACCCAGCUGUCUAAUGAAAGUAUUUGAAGUCCAAAUUGUGUUUAACCUAUUUUCAUGCAUCUCAAAGAGAGACAGUCUGUGUAAUAUACUUGUCGUCAAAUUGGUAUGGACUGAUGUAGGUCUAAUACCAAAUGUUGUUUAGUGUUCGUGUUAGUGCUACAGCCACCUUUAUCAUGACUUUCUCAAUUUCCUUUUGAGACCGAAGAAGCACUUGGCAGAGAUAGGGUUAAGUGGAUUGUGAAGGUAUUUCACCCAGCUGUCCUUCUGCAAUAAUAAGUAGCUGGUUUCCAAACACCGCUAAGAGGAAGUUGGAGAGGGUUUGCUGUUGUCUGAAAAAUAAUAGUGCAUGAGGAAGUGAGGAACAAAGUAAGAGCACUAACUAGUAGUGGGGAAAAAAUUUUAAAAUGGUCUUCAUCUGUCAGUGUGUAUUACGUUUAGUUUUAUAGAACUUUAUUCUUAUUAAUUGCCUCAAUACAAAGAUGUGUGGUACAAUUAAACCAAUUUGUUAUCCUGUUUAUAAGUGAAAUAAUGAUAAAAAAUGAUAUUAUUCCUGUGAAAUGUCCUGUUGUGUUAAUUGAUGACCUUUUAAUACAUUUGGUGUAAUUCCUACAAAGCUUUUCUCAAGCGAUUAAUUAACCUGCUGCCUUUGAAAAAAGGUUAAUUUCCUUUUGUAUGUCUGAAUGUUUCUAAACAUUUUAAAUCAAAAAUUGCUGUCUGAUUCAGUGUCUUGUAGGUGUAUUUACACUUUGUAAAUGUUUCUACAGUAGCUGCAAGUUCCCCUGGGUCAUGAUUCAAAUUUAAGGCCACUCACAGGACAUUCCUUGGAUAAUAAAAUGUGAGGCUGGAUGAACACAGCAGGCCAAGCAGCAUCUCAGGAGCACAAAAGCUGACGU